UCCCCCGAACCCGGUCCCGGCGCCGACAGUCGCGGCUGUCGCUUUCGCUGCAGCCGCCUCCUGAGCUGACUCGGGCAUCCCGGCUCCUGGCUCCCUCCGUUGUCCCCGGUAGCUUUCACUGAGGAUGAGUCCCUGCGCGGCCGCGCGCCUGCCCCGCGGAGACCGCCGGCGCACCUUCAUCUAGCGACUGGUCACCCUCGCAAUUAUGGCUGUUUGAAAGGCUCCCACAGUGUGGAGGGGGAGUUCCCCUCCUCACUCCCCCUUGGUGCUUGACUCCAGGAAUAAUUUAUAAACUGGGAUUAUUUUUUUAAAUGAAGAACUUGUAUUUGAUAUGAACUUUAUAGAAUUAUUUAUAAAUUUUUGAUUUAAGUGCCAAAAGAUUAUACAGAGAUAUAUAGUUUUAUAUAAUUGCUGUGACUACUUAAAUUAUAACCCCCAAAGGGCCAUCUCUUCUUGAAAUUCUUCCUGAAUAGUAUCUUUGUGUCCUGGCUUUUUCACUUUUAAAAUUUACUUCGGUGACUGUUCUGAAGGAGUAAGCAAUAUAAAGCAAUUAGGAUGGAUUCUGCCACCCCCGACUGCACGACAAAAUGCAGAUCCCUGAAGCAUGCUCUGGAUGUCCUUUCUGUGGUGACAAAGGGGAGUGAGAACCAGAUCAAGACCUUUCUCUCCAGUUACUGCUACAAUGCUGCAACUGUCAAGGAUGCCUUUGGCAGGAACGCGGUCCACCUGGUUUCCUCCUGCGGGAAGAAAGGAGUGUUAGAUUGGCUUAUUGAGAAAGGAGUGGAUUUGCUGGUGAAAGACAAGGAGUCCGGCUGGACAGCACUGCAUAGAAGCAUUUUUUAUGGACAUAUCGAUUGUGUUUGGUCUCUGUUGAAGCAUGGUGUUAGCUUGUAUAUGCAAGAUAAAGAAGGAUUGUCACCUUUGGAUCUUCUCAUGAAGGACAGGCCAACUCAUGUUGUAUUUAAGGACACUGAUCCCACAGAAGUCUAUACUUGGGGAGAUAACACAAACUUCACUCUGGGUCACGGAAGCCAGAAUAGCAAACAUCAUCCCGAGCUGCUGGACCUGUUCUCCAGGAGUGGGGUUUAUGUGAAGCAGGUGGUGCUUUGCAAAUUUCACUCGGUGUUUCUGUCCCAGAAAGGGCAGGUUUACACCUGUGGCCAUGGUCGUGGAGGACGGCUAGGCCAUGGAGACGAGCAGACAUGCUUGGUUCCCAGACUUGUGGAAGGACUGUCUGGUCACAAUUGUUCGCAAGUGGCAGCUGCUAAGGAUCAUACUGUUGUGUUAACUGACGAUGGAUGUGUCUAUACAUUUGGUCUCAACAUGUUUCACCAAUUAGGAAUUAUUCCUCCCCCUGCUAGUUGUAAUGUACCCAGACAGAUACAGGCAAAAUAUCUGAAAGGAAGGACUAUCAUUGGAGUAGCAGCAGGCAGGUUUCAUACAGUGCUGUGGACUCGCGAAGCCGUUUACACUCUGGGACUGAAUGGUGGACAGUUAGGUCACUUACUGGAUCCCAAUGGAGAAAAGUGUGUCACAACCCCUCGCCAAGUCUCUGCCCUUCAUCAUAAGGAUAUCGCUGUGUCUUUGGUAGCUGCAAGUGAUGGCGCCACAGUCUGUGUCACCACAAGGGGAGAUAUUUACUUACUUGCAGACUAUCAGUGCAAGAAGAUGGCAACUAAACAACUAAACUUGAAAAAGGUUCUUGUCUCUGGAGGUUGUAUGGAAUACAAGGUUGAUCCUGAACAUUUGACAGAAAAUGGGGGUCAGAAAAUAUGCGUCCUUGCUAUGGAUGGAGCUGGAAGGGUGUUUUGCUGGCGAUCAAUCAGCAGUUCUCUGAAGCAGUGCCGUUGGGCCUAUCCUCGCCAGGUGUCAAUCUCCGAUAUUGCUUUAAAUAGAAAUGAAAUUCUGUUUGUCACACAGGAUGGGGAAGGAUUUAAAGGGAAAUGGUUUGAAGACAAAAGGAAGAAUUCUGAAAAGAAAGACAUUUUACCAAACCUCCAUCAUUCCUCAUCAGAUGUGUCUUGUGUCCCUGAUACAAAUAGUGUGUAUGAAAGAAUUCGACUUGAGAAACUUCCUUUUGCCCAUAGAGCUGUUAGUGUCAGCACAGAUCCAAGUGGGUGCAACUUUGCAAUCCUACAGUCAGACCCUAAAACAAGCCUUUAUGAGAUUCCAGUUGUGUCUUCAUCAUCUUUUUUUGAAGAAUUUGGCAAGCUCCUGAGGGAGACAGAUGAAAUGGACAGCUUCCACGAUGUGACCUUUCAAGUUGGCAAUAGACAUUUCCCCGCACAUAAGUACGUUUUGGCCGUGCGCUCUGACUUCUUCCAGAAGUUGUUUCUUUCAGAUGGCUCUUCUUUAGAGCUGACGGAUGUUUACCGGAAAGACGAAGACGCUGCUGGCUGCCAUCUCUUUGUGGUGGAGAAAGUUCAUCCUGACUUGUUUGAAUACCUUUUACAGUUCAUGUACACAGAUACCUGUGACUUGUUAACUCACGGCUUCAAACCAAGAAUGAUCGUGAACAGAAAGGCAGAAGACUGUGAGGGCUCCCCAGAUUCUCAUCUGCACUCUGUGAAUUGCCAUGUGGAUGAUAAACAGAAGUCAGCAUUUGAGGUGUACAGAAGCAACCAGGCCCACACACUUAGUGAACGGCAGAAGAGCAAACCCAAAUCUUCUAAGAAGGGAAAAGGUGUUGGGGACAACGACCCUGUAAGGAUGUUGCAAAAUGUUGCUAAGAAGUUUGGCCUCAGUAAUCUGAGUAGCAGGUUAGAAGGAGUCAGAUUGGAAAAUGAAAAAAUUAAUGUUAUUGCGAAGAAAACUGGCAAUAAACUGAAGCUAAGUCAGAAAAAAUGUUCGUUUCUGUAUGAUGUCACCAUGAAGUCUGUGGAUGGAAAGGAAUUCUCCUGCCAUAAGUGUGUGCUCUGUGCUAGACUUGAGUAUUUCCACAGCAUGCUUAGCAGAUCAUGGAUUGAGGCCUCCAGUUGUGCAGCUCUGGAAAUGCCAAUCCAGUCUGAGAUUCUGAAAGUUAUUUUGGACUACCUCUACACUGAUGAGGCUGUGGUGAUAAAAGAGUCUCAAAACGUGGACUUUGUGUGUAGUGUUCUUGUCGUGGCUGAUCAGCUUCUCAUAACUAGGUUAAAGGAGAUUUGUGAAGUAGCAUUGACUGAAAACCUCACCCUUAAGAAUGCUGCGAUGCUGCUGGAGUUUGCAGCACUGUACAAUGCUGGGCAGUUGAAACUCUCUUGUUUGCAGUUCAUAGGACUGAAUAUGGCAGCUUUACUUGAAGCAAGGUCUCUUGAUGUUUUAAGUGACGAUGUUUUGAAGGACCUUUCCAUAUUCUACCGAAAAAUGAUUCCAGCAAUGGAGAGAAGAGUCAUUACACCAUAUCAAGAUGGACCAGAUAUUAGUUAUAUGCAAGUAGAAGACGGCGAGGUCUUUUUUAAAGAAGAAAUAAGCAUGGAGCCAAAUUACUCGGAAACUAUGUUCAAGAAGGUGAAAACAAGAGCUAAAAAGAAGCCACGGAAGCGCUCAGACAGUUCAGGAGGCUACACCCUUUCAGAUGUUAUCCAGAGUCCACCAUCUGCAGGAUUAUUAAAGUCUGCAAAGACCAAUUCUGUGGAGUCUCUUCCAGAAUUGUUGACCUCAGAUUCUGAAGGAAGCUAUGCAGGAGUGGGUAGUCCGAGAGACCUCCAGUCGCCUGACUUUACAGCAGGAUUCCAUUCGGAUAAGGUUGAGGGGAAAGCUCAGGCAUAUGUGAAUGGUAUACCUCCUCCGUGUACUAGGGAAGAUUUAAAGCCAUGGGAAAAGUCACCGACCACUAAGUCUGCUCCCCAGUUCAUCCCCAGUAACAGAGUGGACACUGCAGGCUCUUCCAGUUGGGUUGCCGGCUCUUGCAGUCCUGUGAGUCCUCCUGUUGUGGAUCUUAGAACCAUCAUGGAAACAGAAGAAAACAGACAGAAAUAUGGUGCAGCACCAAAGUCAAACUUAGGAAAGAUCAUUUCUCACGGAAUCAAACUUUCUCAGAAGCAACGGAAAAUGAUUGCAUUGACCACCAAAGAAAACAAUUCAGGAAUGAACAGCAUGGAAGCCAUUCUGACAGCGCCUUCCAAGUCCCCCAAGCCAGUGAAUGCAUGGGCACCUCUACACUCACCUUCAUCCAGGUCAUUCCGGGAUUUUGUACUAGAAGAAAAAAAACCUGUUACUGGCCAUGGUUCAGGAGAUCAUGUUAAAAAAGUUUGUUUUAAAGGAACUGAAAACUCUCCAGCCCUAAAUGUUGCGAGAUGUUCAACCCACGGAACUCCGGGAUUAGAUAGCAAUCAUGUUUCUGAUUUUCCACUUCUAGACAGUCCCAACCCCUGGCUGUCUUCCUCCCUGGCGGCUUCUCCCGCAGUUGCUCCAGUCACAUUUGCAUCCAUUGUAGAAGAAGAGCGGCAACAAGAAGCUGCCCUCAUCAGAAGCCGGGAGAAACCCUUGGCUCUCAUUCAGGUCGAGGAGCAUGCAAUACAAGACUUGCUGGUUUUCUACGAGGCAUUUGGCAACCCCGAGGAGUUUGUCGUCGUUGAAAGGACACCACAGGGGCCUCUGGCAACGCCUAUGUGGAACAAGCAUGGCUGCUAGCUCCCUGGAGAGGGCGCUGCUCCCUGGAUGUGGUUGCUCCACCCACAUGAAGAAAACGCACGUGCAAGCGUUCUUACAGAUUGGUUAGCACAUUGUUGUAGUCAGAGCGAGAAUGGGUAUGAUUUCUUCCCGUAGUUUAUAAUGUUUGUAUGACUAAUGAGAAACUUAUCAGAAUUGUGAUUUUAGAACUUUCAUGUGAAACUGUGUCAGGAAAAAUGUUAGGCUAAGGUUGGUUGGAUUGUUUCUUCUAAAUUACCUAAGAAAAAUGUGAGUGAAAGGUGAAGCUUAGGAAUGAUUCAUUAAACAUAAAUUUUUCACUUGAGACUGUGGGGUGAUUUAGAAGAGCUUACCGCAUAAGAUGUUAUGUUAAAUAGAAUGUUGAUGAACUUAAGACAGGAGCCUCACUCAUUACUUCUGAUCACUGAUGGCCAGAUGUUCUGUUUGCCUGAGGAGAUGUGUCUCUGUUGUUGCUUUGUCACUGGGCUGUUCAUUUCUUAGGCCUCUUUACAGUUGCUGGACAGUUUAUGAUCAUAGCUUCUGUGGGAGAUUUGGAUUCAUAGAUUGUCUUUUUGCUGGGCUGGGAAGGUAGCAAGAAAGGACAGACAUUUGAGUACCUAAUUGUGAAAGAAUCAGUUUCUUAAGGUGUUAAGUUUUUCUAAAAACAAGCAUAAGAUUACUGAAUAGUUUAACAGAGUGGUUGUUUAUAAUUACUUUUUAGUCUAUGUAAUCAGAAUUUCGGUGAGCCUGGGUUAUAUGUAUACAUGGAAAUUUGAUUACUUCUUUAUAAUAUGCUGUUUGGUUUGAUUUUGAAUGUCUAAAAUUAAAGGAAAAAAUUUUAAAAUGUGUGUUUCAGUCUGUAGACCAAAUGAGAACGUUAAUGCUUAAGUUCUGGGAAAGAAUCCCUGGAGAUAGGUUGGCAGCUUGACUUGACCUGAUGGGAAAUUAGUUGAAAGUAACUAACUCAGUGUUUCAGUUCAGUUCCACCCACAAGCAGCAGACAUGUAAGCAAAUGUGCAAUAAAAGUAAUGUCAAUCCACUUCGCUUCUAAUGUGUGUUUG